AUGGCAGACAUUCAACCAAGCCACAUAGAAGAAAACCCUUCGAAAAUCACCAACUUCGAUGUGGAACAACAAACAGAUCAAGUGGUGGAGGUUUUUGACUAUGCAAAGAGAGCACAGUGGCUUAGAGCUGCUGUUUUGGGUGCAAAUGAUGGUUUGCUCUCAACAGCAUCGCUCAUGAUGGGUGUUGGUGCUGUCCGUAAGGAUUCUAAGACCAUGAUUCUUACUGGUAUUGCAGGCUUAGUUGCUGGUGCAUGCAGCAUGGCCAUUGGAGAGUUUGUUUCUGUUUAUGCACAGUAUGAUAUUGAGUUUUCUCAGAUGAAAAGAGAAGGAAACACUGAUCACAAAGAGAAUUUGCCUAACCCCUAUUACGCUGCCCUAGCCUCCUCCCUUGCCUUUGCUGUCGGUGCGGCGGUGCCGCUUCUUGGGGCGGCGUUUAUAAUAGAUUAUAAGGUGAGGUUGGGGGUGGUGGUGGCUGUUGUGAGCCUUGCUUUGAUUGUUUUUGGAGGUUUGGGUGCUGUUCUUGGGAAAGCACCCUUCUUUAAGUCAUCUUUGAGGGUUUUGAUUGGAGGAUGGCUCGCCAUGGCUGUUACUUUUGGCUUAACCAAGCUUGUAGAUCAUUUUGGAGUUUAA